UAUUUAUCAAUGAAAAACCACCUUCACGUUCGUAUUUAGAUGUAGCGUGGCCGUGACCGCGUGGCUAGUAUAGUAAACCUUGGUAAACCUAGUAAACCGCCUGCGACCGCGUCGAAACAGUGUAAAGUAACCUGUGUACGCGAUAUAUUUAAUCGUACCUACGUAACGUUGCCAAUGUGCCGUAGUUGAAUUAAAUAAAUCGUAGACGGUUACGAACAUUGGAAAACAUGUUGGAACGCAAGGAUCCGGAUGGAAACUCAUACGUUUUCAACGAAGAGGAUUUACCGUACGAAGAAGAAAUCUUGCGAAAUCCGUAUUCGGUGAAACACUGGCAACGUUACAUAGACCACUUGAGGAGUACGAAAAGUAGUAAUCUCAACAUCGUAUACGAACGAGCGUUGAAGGAGCUUCCUGGAAGCUACAAGUUAUGGUACAACUACCUGCGGCAGCGCGUGAGUCAGUUGAAAGGGAGAUGUAUAACGGAUGCCCUUUACGAAGAUGUGAACAACGCGUUCGAACGUGCUCUGGUCUUCAUGCACAAAAUGCCUAGAAUUUGGAUGGAUUACUGUACACUAAUGACGGAGCAGUAUUACAUCACUCGCACUCGUCAAGUCUUCGACAGAGCGCUCAGAGCUCUUCCUAUCACGCAACACCAUCGGAUAUGGCCGUUGUACAUAGAGUUUUUAAAGAAGCACGACGUCUACGAAACUGCUGUCAGAGUUUUCAGGAGAUAUUUGAAGCUAGCUCCAGAAGAUACUGAGGAAUACAUAGAGUAUUUAAUAUCUAUCGGAAGGCUCGACGAAGCAGCCGUGAAGCUCGCACAAAUCGUCAAUCAAGACGAUUUUGUUUCUAAACACGGCAAAUCGAAUCAUCAACUGUGGAACGAGUUGUGCGAUUUGAUAUCGAAGAAUCCUUCGAAAAUUAAGUCCCUCAACGUGGACGCGAUUAUCAGGGGCGGGUUGAGACGUUAUACCGAUCAGUUAGGCCCUUUGUGGAAUUCGUUGGCGGACUAUUACGUUCGCAGCGGCUUAUUCGAGAGGGCGAGAGAUAUUUACGAAGAAGCUAUCCAAACGGUGACUACCGUCAGGGAUUUUACCCAAGUCUUCGAUGCAUACGCCCAGUUCGAAGAACUGAGUCUCAGCAAGCGUAUGGAAGAGGCGGCGAAGAAUCCUACCGAAGAUGACGACAUCGACCUGGAAUUGAGACUGGCACGAUUCGAACAUCUGAUGGAGAGGCGAUUGCUCCUUCUGAAUUCUGUCUUGCUCAGACAAAAUCCUCACAACGUACAAGAAUGGCACAAGAGAGUCAGACUUUACGAGGGGCAGCCGCACGAGAUUAUUAACACGUAUACGGAAGCCGUGCAAACCGUACAGCCACAAUUGGCCGUAGGUAAAUUGCACACUUUGUGGGUGGAGUUCGGCAAGUUUUACGAAGAGAACGGCCAAAUAGCAGAUGCCCGAGUAGUCUUCGAGAAAGCGACUCACGUUCCUUACACGAAAGUCGACGACCUCGCUUCCGUGUGGUGCGAGUGGGCAGAAAUGGAAAUCAGACACGGGAAUUAUAAAGAGGCGUUGAAACUGAUGCAUCGAGCCACGGCUAUGCCAUUCCGUAAAGUGGCCUAUCACGACGAGACGGAAACCGUUCAAAUGAGACUGUACAAAUCUCUGAGAGUUUGGUCCAUGUACGCCGACCUGGAAGAAAGUUUCGGCACGUUCAAGACUUGUAAAGCCGUGUACGACAAGAUCAUCGAUUUGAAAAUUGCGACACCACAAAUCAUCAUUAAUUACGGCUUGUUUUUAGAAGAGAACAAAUACUUCGAAGAAGCUUUCAGAGCUUACGAGAAAGGCAUUGCUCUUUUCAAGUGGCCAAACGUGUACGACAUAUGGAACACUUAUCUCACUAAAUUUUUAAAACGUUACGGUGGUACCAAACUGGAACGAACGCGAGAUCUGUUCGAACAGUGUCUGGAACACUGCCCACCGAAGUAUGCCAAAGCUCUGUACUUGCUGUAUGCAAAGUUAGAAGAGGAACAUGGCUUGGCUAGACACGCGAUGUCGGUAUACGAACGAGCAACGAGCGCCGUUCUACCGGAAGAACGAUUCGAGAUGUUCAACAUAUACAUAAAGAAAGCGGCAGAUAUAUACGGCGUGCCAAAGACGAGACAGAUUUACGAGAAGGCUAUCGCGGUACUCAACGACGAUAACACGAGAGAGAUGUGCUUACGGUUCGCAGAAAUGGAGACGAAGCUGGGAGAGGUCGACAGGGCCCGGGCGAUAUACGCGCACUGCAGUCAAAUUUGUGACCCGAGAGUGACGUCGAAUUUCUGGCAAAUAUGGAAAGAGUUCGAGGUGAGACACGGUAACGAGGACACGAUGCGCGAGAUGCUUCGAAUCAAGCGCAGCGUUCAAGCGAUGUACAAUACUCAGGUGAACAUGAUGUCCGCGCAAAUGUUGAACAACGCGUCGAAUCCACCGUCUGACGUGCCGGUGGAUGCGAUGCGCCUUUUGGACAGCAAGACACAGGCCACUGACAACAUUGCCGGGUACAAAGAGGGUAUCAAGUUCGUUCGCGGCGUGACGGAAAAGGAUGGCAAGCCGGAAUCUCAGGUAAACAAUCCGGACGAGAUAGACAUCGACAUCGACGACGUCAACGAGAACGAAGGAGACGCGGAGGGAGACAUACCUGUCGAGAAACAAACUAUACCGUCGCAAGUGUUCGGUAGUCUGAAAACAGCCGAGGCCGAAGAUGAUUAACACGUAAGCGAAACGCGUGAAAGAAAAUAUGUAAAUAACAGAAUUGUAAUAAAAUCAGGCGGCGAGUACAUUAAUGUACAUUCGUCGAGCUAACGAUCGUCGUUCCUCGUCAACGGAAAAAAAUCUCGACUUCAUUCGAGGAAGUGCGUAAACGAGCGAAACCUAUGCGUGUAUCACAAAAUAUUUUUACAGUACUUUUAUAUCGUAAUUAUAACUUUUACUUUAAUUAAACGAUGAAUGGAGAA